AUGGCGCGUGAUGCUGAUGGAGUUGGGUGCUCUUCAAGUUCUUCUGGUUCAACUAAGAGAAGGAAGUAUCAUGUGUUUUUGAGCUUUCGAGGGGAAGAUACACGGAAAAAUUUUUCUGAUCAUUUGUAUGCCGCUUUAAAACGCAAAGGAUUAAAAACUUUCAGGGAUGAAGAAGAACUUGAAAGGGGAGAAUCUAUUAAUCCAAGUUUAGUACAAGCAAUUGAAGAGUCUCGUUCUGCAAUUGUUGUGCUCUCCCCAAAUUAUGCUUCUUCAACUUGGUGUUUGGAUGAGCUUCAAAAGAUCCUGCAGUUAAAGGAAGAGACGAGUUUUCAAGUAUUUCCGAUAUUUUACGGUGUAGAUCCUUCUGAUGUUAGGAAACAAAAGGGAAGUUUUGCAGAAGCAUUCAGAAAGCAUGAAGAAAGAUUUACCGAAAACAAAAGAAAGGUACAAAAGUGGAGAGAUGCUUUAGAAAAAGUUGCUACUUUAUCUGGUUGGGACUCAAAAGAUCGGUAUGAAACAGAAUUCAUUGAAAGCAUUGCUGAAGAAAUGGGGUCAAAGUUACUUGAUAAAUCAGCAUCUGGUCAUGGCAAGUUAAUUGGAAUUGAACCAAAAUUAGAUGAAUUGAAGUCAAUUGUAGCAAGGGAAUCAAAAGGAAUUGGGUUUAUAGGAAUAUGGGGCACAGGAGGCGUAGGCAAAACAACUCUUGCUAGAGCCUUUUAUGAGCGGAAGCGAGAGCACAAAAACUUUGAGAUUCACUGCUUCCUUGAUAAUAUUAGAGAGGCAUGGGAAAAAGAAGGUUUGAUUUCAUUGCCAAGAAAACUUCUUUCUUCUCUAGAAAAAAAGAGUAUGGAAGUGGCUGAUUUUUAUGAAGGAAUGGGGUUAAUAAAGAGAAAGUUGACUGACAAAAAAAUUCUACUUGUCCUUGAUGAUGUGAGUGAUAUUAGGCAACUUGAAAAUUUGGCUCCAAAGCAAGGAUGGUUCAGUGAAGGGAGCAUAAUAAUAAUAACAACUAGGGACAGGCAUUUGUUAUCAUCACAUGGUGUAUCUGCUGUGUAUGAAUUCAAAUUAUUGAGUGAUAACGAGUCCCUUGAACUUUUCCUUGAAAAAGCUUUUAAAGAAGAGCAUCCUAAUGAAGAUUAUUUGAAACUUGCUAGAACUGUCAUUAAGUAUGCUGGAGGCCUUCCUUUAGUGCUCACAGUGUUAGGUUCAUCUCUUUGCAAAAGAACUAUAGUGGAAUGGAAAGAUGAACUAGCUAAGUUCAAGAAAGUUCCUCCAAAGGACAUUUUGAAGAUACUUCAAGUGAGUUUUGAUGGACUGGAUGAUCAGGAAAAAACCAUAUUCUUGGAUAUUGCUUGCUUUUUCAAUGGGAUGGACAAAGAUCAUGUCAUACAAAUUUUAGAAACUUUGGAGAAGGAUCUUCACCCAGAAACUGGGAUAAAUGUUCUCAUUAAGAGAUCACUAAUAACUAAUUAUGAAGGGCAUUUGUGGGUGCAUGAAAUUCUCCAAGAUAUGGGAAAAUAUAUUGUUUAUCAAGAAUCACCUUAUGACGCCGGCAAGCGUUCAAGGAUAUUGUCUUUGGAGGAUGCCAAUCAUGUACUAAAAAGAAAUAAGGGGACAGAAGCAACUCGAGGAAUGGCCCUAACAUUGGAAAAGUCAUGUGAUGCAUUUUGGGAUCCUGAAGCCUUCUCAAAGAUGAGUAAUCUCAGGUUACUUAUCAUUUCAAGUCGCUCACAUGUUUCACAUUGCCAAUUAAAUCUUCCGCAUGGGCUCAAGACCCUUUCCAGCGAGUUGAAAGUCAUAGAAUGGGUGGGGUAUCCAUUAUUUUAUUUGCCUAGUCAGCCUCAACUCCAUGAACUUGUAGUACUAAAAAUGCAACAUAGCAAAUUAAAAGAACUUUGGAGAGGAACACAGCCUCUCCCAAGCCUAAAGUCUCUUGAUCUAUCUCAUUCAAAAUACCUCAUCAAAACCCCAAAUUUUGAUGGAAUUCCUCAUCUUGAAAAGUUGAUUCUUGAAGGGUGUUCUAACUUGGUUAAAAUUCACCAGUCUCUUGGGCAACACAAGAAACUUGUCAUUGUUGACUUGAAAGAUUGCAAAGAAGUUAAAACCCUUCCAGAAAAAUUUGAGAUGAAUAGUUUGGAGACUUUUAUUCUAUCGGGUUGUUCAAAAGUUAGAAAACUUCCUGAGUUUGGAAAAGAUAUGGCAUGUCUAUCGAAGCUUGAUUUAGAGAAGACUGCUCUAGCCAAACUACCUCAAUCGUUGGGUAAUUUGAUUGGUCUCGUUGAAUUAAAUUUGACAAACUGCAAAAAGCUGGUUUGUCUUCCAUGUAGUGUUAGCAAGUUGAAAGCUCUGAAAGUUAUCAAAAUUUCUGAAUGCUCAAAGCUUUCAUGGCUGCCAGAGAGUUUGAAUGAAAAUGAAGCUUUGGAACAGCUUCAUUUGAGUGGGAUUGCUAUACAAGGGUUAUCAUUUAGUGACUACAAUAGCGAAACACAAUCUUCAUCAUCAUGGAGUUGCUUAUCCCUUCUUCAAAGGCCUUCAAGCUCCAAAAAGUUUUUGUUGCCACCGUCUUUGUCACUAUUGAGCGAAUUGCAUUUAGAUUUUUGCAAACUCCAUGAUGGAUCACUUCCCGAUGUCAUGAAUGAGUUAUCAUCAUUGCAAGUUUUAAAUCUAAGUGGAAACAAUUUUAUUGACGUACCAUCUGGCCUUAUUUUCAAUCUUUCAAAGCUUAGGGCUAUUGCCCUCGCUUAUUGCCCAAGGCUUCAGUCUUGGCCACAAUUUCCUUCAAAUUUGUCAUUUAUAAUUGCAAAUGGUUGUUCAUCAAUGAAAUAUUGCAGAAGUUCACGGCAUGAUGGGAUUUCAUUGGAUCAUUUCAACCCCAGGUUCGCAACCAUUUGAAUAUCAAGCCUGCAAUUAUACAAUGGGACUCAAAAGUUCGUGAGUUCUUCUUGGAACGUACUCGCGUAUUGAUGAUUCAUGGUACCGAAGUGCCAUCAUGGUUUUAUAACCAAAACUACUUUUGUGAGAAAGAAUUCAAUCAUCCAAAUGUGUCAUUUAUAAUAAGCUUGCCCACUGGUUACUGUGGUUCAAGUGAAUGGCGGGGCAUAGCCAUAUGCUUAAUAUUAGAACAUAAUUUUGCAACUGGAGCAGAGGUGGAUGCAGUUUGGUGGACGUUAAGAUUUCCUAUUGAUGAAUUUCCGAAGACGUAUUGUCGCACUAAGGUUUAUAUAGAUUCGUAUGGUGGUCCUCAACUUUGUAUGAUAUAUAUUCGUUGUUCCUCUUUGGUUGUAAACGGACUUCAAAUGGUAUUCUUUGCUAAGAAUGCAAUUGAAAACAAGUCACCAAUGUUUAGAAUAAGGAAGUGUGGGUGGCGAGCAGUGUGUAAAGAAGAUGUUGAAGCUUGACCAAGAGCCCGUGGGACGAAGGUUGUAGUAGCAUCAAUAAUUACAUCAUCGGUGACGUUAAGAAAAAUGGAGGUUAUAAUCACUCCCUGAGACAUUAUGAUCGAUUCAUUGUUGAAGAAGACGAGUCAACUUCCAAGACAACAAUGUGAUAAAGAAAAGAACGAAAGAAACGCAAUCAUGGAACGCAGAGUGGAGGAGGGCCUGCAAGCAGAGGGGGUGGCUGGCAAAGAGAGGGUACAGAUCGCGAAGGGCUUGGGAUCGACAAAGGAGGUCGCGAGAAGGGUAUAGAUCUUCAAAGGAAAAGAAGGGUUGGCGAUGGAGGUCUUAUUAUCUGGCUUAAAAAAUGGCUCGCUCACCCAGGUGUCAGGGAUGAGUUGCAGGUCGAUGCUUGUAUAU